AUGGUCUGCCUUAAACAAUCCUUGCUGGUCAGCUGCAUAUUGGCUGCAGCAAAAGCUGACUGCACUGUGAAUCAACAGCCCGUGGUGGAUCUGGGCUACGAAAUUUACCAAGCGACUGGAUCUAGCAAUAGCUCUGACAGCUAUUACAGCUUCUCCAACAUCCGAUAUGCCGCUGCGCCGGUGGGCGACCUCAGGUGGAAGGCUCCCGUGCCACCCCAGACCAACCGGCCGGCCAUUCAAUCCAACUCGGAGCAAAUUACCUGUGCACAGGGGACGUCCGCCUGGCAGUUGCGCACCUCGCAGUAUACUAACAACUAUUUGAAGACCGGAAAUGUCCCCAAUGUCUUUUACAGCUAUAUGUCGGCGAUCUUCCCAGGUGGAGUGGAGGAUUGUUUGUUCUUGGAUGUCCAAGUUCCUCGCAGAAUCUUUGACAAUCCUCACGAAGAUGGAAAACUGGUGCCAGUUUUUGUCUGGAUCCACGGUGGCGGAUUCACCGCCGGGUCAAAGACCUCUUUCGGAUUAUCCAAGGGCCUCAUUAAUCGCAGCCAGGCCGGUAGUUCGGACGGAGUGGUCUAUCGAUUUGCCCUGCAGUGGAUCCAGGAUCACAUACAUUUGUUUGGAGGAGACAAAAGGCGCGUCACCGUAUUUGGCGAGUCUGGAGGCGGCGGCUCCAUCAUGCACCACGUUACUGCAUAUGGAGGGAGGGCACCGGCCCUAUUCAGCCAGGCCAUACCACAGUCCCCUGCCUAUUUUCCCUAUAGGUCGCUGCAGGACCAAGAGAAGGCUUUCAGAGAAUUUCUCGACCAGUCUAACGCCACGUCGCUGGCGGAAGCCCGCAAACUCCGCUCCGAUGUUCUGGUUCGGGCGAAUGCGGCAACAAUCGGUGGCCCUACGCCAGAUGGUAGCCUAGUGAAAGAGGAUCCUAAGGCGCUGCUCCGUCGAGGCGAGUUUGACCACUCCGUAAAGUUGUUGAUCUCUCACAACUCGGACGAGGGACUGGUUUUGGUGCCAGCGGUCCAUACCGACGAGGAAUAUGAGACGUUGAUGAGACACAUCCUCACCCGUUCCAAUAGCUCUACCAUCGACUAUAUUACCAAGACCCUUUAUCCGCCCGUGUUUGAUGGGUCCAUGGGGUACCUAAACAACUACCAGAGAGCGGCCCGGAUGGCGAGCGACAUCAUCAUCGACUGCAACGUGGCUGCACUGGAAUCCGCCUACAAGGAAAAUUCUCAUGCCUACUUCUUUGAUGUGUCGCCGGGAGUUCACGCACAGAACACUGGGUAUACCUUCUACACCCCCAAUGAGAAGUCCUCGUCCUACAACCUGGUAGAAACCGGCUCCGUGAACCAGACAAUCGCAUUUGCCAUGCAGGACUACAUUCUCUCUCUUGCCAAAGAUGGCAUCCUGAACAGUCCGGUCGAUGGCCUGCGGUCGAUCCCCACAUUGGGCUCUCAGGCUAAGUCUGUGCGUCUGAACAAGGAUAACAUUACCAUCUCCCGUGAUCCGGCUGCCAACCGGAGAUGCCAAUGGUGGUCGUUUGGUCUCGUGAAUGUAGGUCAGCUGACAGUUGUGUACCUGCCUGUAUCUAGAUCAAAAGUCUCGGAUUUCCCACCCCAGUUGCAGGCUACCGGAGAACAUUAUGUCUGGUGCUGUAGUGUGUUGACCGGAGUUGCAUUUGGAAGCUGA